AAAAGGGGAGGAGCAACGUGAACUGAGACGCGGGGUCACUGUUGGCGGGCGAAACCAACCCUCGCGCGGGUGGGAGCCUCCCUCCUCCUGCUGCUGCUGCUGCUGCUGCUCUGGGACUCUUGGACUCUGGUAAAUUAUUACACACACCGGUCAGAGGACUCCUUCAGUAACACCAUCACAUGGCCGGCUGUGUCACGGGGGCUUCCUGAGCGGACUUGGCUCUGCAGUUGAGGAGCUGACAUUUCAUCAGGUGGGUUUCUGGCCCGAGCGGCACACGGGGGCGACAGCAAGACUCAAAUCAGCCUCAGGGCAGAGAAGUUGACCUUUAACCUCGCCGCGCUGAUUGCAAACAGCUCCUGGUAGAAGCAGCUGCUCCUGCACCCUGGAUCCCCAAGCAAAGUUCACUGUCACAGGCAGCGCAGGUCUGUGAUCGGCAGCCGCUCUCAGGGUCCUCUCUGUUUUUCUCGGAUUCUGCAAGGACUGAAACUGCAACCAUGGCUACAGCAAGUUAUGGAUACUACAGAGCCACAAUCUUUCUGGCCAUGUUCGUGGGCUACACGCUUUAUUACUUUAAUAGAAAGACUUUCUCCUUUGUGAUGCCUUCUGUGAUGCAAGAAAUUAAGCUGGACAAAGAUGAUCUGGGCAUGAUCACCAGCAGUCAGUCCUUGGCCUACGCUAUCAGUAAGUUCAUCAGUGGCGUGCUUUCAGACCAGAUCAGUGCUCGCUGGCUCUUCUCCAGCGGUUUGUUCGUGGUGGGAAGCAUCAACGUGGUCUUCUCCUGGUCCUCCACUGUGGCCGUGUUCUCUGUUCUGUGGUUCCUCAACGGCCUGGGCCAGGGCCUGGGCUGGCCUCCAUGCGGCAGAGUGCUCCGUAAGUGGUUUGAGCCCUCUCAGUUCGGGACGUGGUGGGCUGUUCUCUCCUGCAGUAUGAACCUGGCGGGCAGCUUGGGCCCCAUCAUCGCCACAGUGCUGGCUCAGACAUACAGCUGGAGGACGAUUUUGUCAUUCUCUGGGAUGAUCUGCCUGGUUGUCUCCAUUGUUUGCCUGCUGGUGAUCAAGAAUGAGCCCAAGGAUGUGGGUCUGCCUAACAUAGAGGCGGCAACCAAAAAAGGCAAAGGAGGCACCUCCGUAGAUGACAGCACCCUCUCCGAGUUCCUGCUGUCGCCCUACCUGUGGCUGCUGUCCGUGUCCUACCUGGUGGUGUUCGGGGUGAAGACGGCCUGUACCGACUGGGGGCAGUUGUUCCUCAUCCAAGACAAGGGCCAGUCCACGCUGAUGGGUAGUUCAUACAUGAGUGCCCUGGAGGUUGGAGGCUUGUUGGGCAGUCUGGCAGCAGGUUACAUCUCUGACAAGGCUGUCGCCAAACAAGGGCUAAGAAUCUAUGGCAAUCCUCGUCACUUCAUCCUGAUCUGUAUGAUGGCUGGAAUGUCUGUGUCCAUGUAUCUAUUCAGGGUCACAGUCACUGCUGACAGCUCAAAGGUUUGGAUACUGAUCUUGGGCUCUGCUUUUGGCUUCUCUUCAUAUGGACCAAUAGCAUUGUUCGGAAUAUUAGCCAAUGAAACGGCUCCUCCCAAUUACUGUGGGACAUCUCAUGCCAUAGUCGGACUGAUGGCGAAUAUUGGUGGCUUCCUGGCUGGACUACCCUUCGGCACUAUUGCCAAGUACCACAGCUGGGAAAUAGCUUUCUGGGUAGCAGAGAUGACCUGCUUGGUGACCACUGUCGGAUACUUCCUGCUACAGAACAUCCAAACCAAGAUGGGACGUUUGCCCAAGAAGGCAGACUAAAGUCAGACCUCAACCUCUCCAAUACCCCCGCUAUCAAUCCUACAGGACAUUAAAGUGUACGACACUUGUGCUAGUUGUUUCUUGGUAUGCAACACUAAGUUAACAAAUCUAAAUGUUUUUCAUAUAAUAAAAUGUGCCAAAUGGA